AUCUAUUAGCUCGAUUUCGAACGGUUCCUAGAUCGUCGUCAACAAACCAUAAAACACCCAGCAGUAUGUGUGAAAAGCCGGAGUCCGGCGCUGGAGACAAUCGGGUUGAUGCUAGCCAGCCGGAUACGGGUCAUAGCCCCGAUUCACCCUCUAUUGUCGCACGUUUGAGGGAGAGAUUUAAGUUGGAUGGGCUCGGAAUGGAGAUUUUUUCUAUUGCGCUGCCAGCAACUCUGGCACUCGCUGCCGAUCCCAUUAUGUCGCUUGUUGAUACAGGAUUUGUGGGUCAUUUAGCUCAUUACAGUCAUGUUCUUUUAGGGUCUGCUGAACUGGCUGCUGUUGGUGUAUCUGGAGCUGUUUUCAACCUCGUUUCGAAGUUAUUCAAUGUACCUCUGCUCAAUGUUACUACAUCAUUUGUUGCUGAAGAGCAGGCAUCUCUAAUGAAGGAUGCUAAUGUAUACGGCCAAGUUGUCAAAGAGCAGGAAAGUAAGACAUUUCUUCCUUCAGUAUCAAAUGCAAUAAUCCUUGCUGCAGCUCUUGGCAUCAUAGAAGCAAUUACACUCGCCCAAGGAUCCGGUUUCUUAAUGAAUACGAUGGGUAUACCUGUUGAUUCACCAAUGCGCUUGCCAGCUGAACAAUUUCUUACCCUGAGGGCCUUUGGGGCCCUACCAAUCGUGGUGUCACUUGCUGCUCAAGGAACAUUUCGUGGGUUCAAGGAUACGAAGACACCUUUAUAUGCUGUUGGCAAGUACUUGACUGCUCUUAUUCUUUUAUGGAAGUUGAGUGAGGAAGUGCAGCUUAUUGCUCCAAGUAUUAGUGGACCGAGAGUUGUUCAGUAUCUUAAAUCUGGGGCCCUUCUAACAGGGAGAACUCUAGCAGUCCUUAUAACGACAACAAUUGCUACAUCAAUGGCAGCAAGAGAGGGUCCCAUUCAAAUGGCCGGAUAUCAGAUUUGCUUCGAAGUAUGGCUGGCUUUGUCUUUGCUAAAUGAUGCCUUGGCACUUGCUGGUCAGACUCUGCUGGCAAGUGACUACUCUCAGGGCAACUAUAGCCUGGCACGUCAAGUGACCUACAAAGUGCUACAGAUUGGCUUAAUACUGGGAGCAGCUCUAGGGGUAAUUUUGUUCCUUGGAUUUGGUGCAUGGUGCAGCUUAUUUAGCACAGAUUCAGAAGUUCUUCGAAUAGCACAAUCUGGAACCUUGUUUGUUGCCGGGUCUCAGCCAAUGAAUGCUAUAGCUUUUGUUCUAGAUGGGCUGUACUAUGGAGUUUCAGACUUUGGAUUUGCUGCUUAUUCAAUGGUGCUCGUUGGACUAAUCUCAUCAGCCUUCUUACUGGUGACUGCUCCUUCUUUUGGUCUUGCUGGUGUAUGGUGUGGUCUCUUUCUCUUUAUGACCUUGAGAGUAUUAGCUGGAGUCUCAAGGCUAAGCACCAGAACAGGACCUUGGAGAUUGCUUUCGCUGGACGUGGAAAAGGAUAGAACAGAAUAAUAAAAAGCUCACUCGGGACUUUUCAUCACAUUAUGUUCAUGAGUGAAGUGUUGUAGUCUAUUGCAAAGCUGCUUAUGGUGUGUUGCAGAUAAAGUAAAAGCAGUGAAUAAUGAUAUAUUCGAGGCGUGAAUAGCACAUGAGCAGUUAAGCUCUGCCUAAACUGAGUUGUUGAUUUAUCGAUCAGUCAGUUGUACAGUAGGGUACAAAUGUGUAAAGCACAAAAAUAGUUUCUUUUAGAAAUGGUGCUACUUAAUGGAAUCAGUUUUUAAGUUGCCUCGUGAAGUUAUCAAAUUUAUCAAUGCUGUCACAUUGUUUUCUUCUCCUG